AUGAGGGACUCUACACACUGGGCUCAAGUGCUCCAGCUCGUCAGCCUGCUGGUGCUCGUUGGUCUACGCAACACCGGAACGGGUUCCGAACAAUGGGAAACUAAAGCACUUGUAGGAUCCCAGCUCGGGACACACAUCAUUGCCAGACACCGCAUCCUGAACCUCACUGACAAGGGAACCAUUGCAAAGCUGUGGCCCCGGGGAUAG